AUGGACAGCCUGCGCGAAGACGAGCACUCUCCCUCCCAUCCCUACAACGGCACCACAAAACCCUCAACUUCCGACUUCCACCUCCCGACCGAAUUCUCGUCACACACGCACGACCCCGACGAGGCCGAAGAUGGAACCGGCACAAUCAUGACAACAACCACAACACAACGCACUCACAGUCGCUCAUGGCUGUACCUCCAAGCCUCAAUAUGGCGCUUCCUAAUGUCCAUCGGCAUGUUCUUUCACACGAUCGGCGGGUCUCGACCUCCACGACCAUCAUUCGUUCGGCGCAUCCCGUUUAGCACGAGGGGGCGAACGGUGGAUUUGUAUUUCUACUGCCCGGCUUCGUAUUGGCAAUACAAAAACAAAUCUCACCGGCCAUCGUCGUCAACGGACUCCCAACGGCCGUUUCCCGUCGUCGUGAAUUUCCACGGCGGCGGAUUCACUUUGGGCUCUGCAACAGAUGAUUCCUACUGGGCGAAAUGCGUCCUCAAGGAAACCGACGCCGUGUUUGUCUCCGUCGAAUACAGACUUGCGCCCGAACGCCCUUUCCCUGCAGCCGUGGACGACGGCGUCGAAGCCCUGCUGUAUCUGGCCGCUCAUGCCGGUGAACUAGGGAUCGACGCAUCGCGCAUCGUGCUCACGGGCUUCUCAUCCGGCGGCAACCUCGCCAUAACCGUGCCUUUACGACUGCAGCACCGAAUCCAGAACGACGCGGGCAGCGACAUCGUGAAUGUCGUCGAACCACUAGACUCAACGCAGAAUCUUGUCAGUGGCCAGGGAAACCUGCAAAUCGUGGCGACCUUCGCAUGGUACCCACUUCUCGACUUCGUAGCCUCGCGCGCCCACAGGAGGGCAAUGAGCGUAAUCCCCGGGAAAACGAUGCCCUCGUUCCUAACCACCCUCUUCGACGAAUCCUACCUCCCCGACCGCACCGAGCGCUUCUCCCCCUUCGCAUCCCCCGAACGAGCAUCGGACGAAAUCCUCGCCGCCGGCUUGCCGCACGACAUAUUCCUGUACACGUGUGAAUGGGACAUGCUCCUCCACGAAGGGCAACGCUUCGUGCGCCGCUUGGAAAAAAUGGGUAAAAAAGUGAGGGCUAUGAUGGUUGAGAAGGUGCCGCAUGCAUGGGAUAAGAGUCCCAACCCCUUCCGGGAUCAGGGGAAGAUUAAUGUUUUUUAUGAGGCGGCUUGUGCGGAGAUGAAGGCUAUUUUUGAUCAUUCUUAA